AUGGCACGGCCAUUCUCGACGAGCGGGAUCCUCCGCGAGACGAAGAAGGAGGCCGAGGCGGAGAAGACAAAGGAGAAGGAGACAGAGGCGGCAGGCGAGGCGAUGGGCGCCGGCGCCUCGGGCAGUGAGGGUGGAGGAGCCAGCGGUGCGGCCCAAGAAGAGCUGCAAAAGCAGCUCAAGGAAAAGGACGCAAAGAUCAAGGAGCUUACCGAUGCCGUCCUGUACGGAAAGGCCGACAUGCAGAACCUCCAGCGGAGAUCCGCCGAGGAAAAGGCGCAGGCGUCCGACUAUGCCAUCACAAAGUUUGCACGGGACCUGACGUCGUCGCUCGACAUUCUCGCGCUUGCGCUCAGGUCGGUCCCUGAGAACCUGCGCGCAGCGCCAAAGGACGGCGAGGCGGCGGGGCCCGAGGACGCGCGAAAGGCCGUCGCCGAGCUCUACGGCGGUGUCGAGCUCACGUCCAAGAGCAUCCUCGACAUGCUCAAGAUGCACGGCGUGACGCAGUUUGACCCCACGGGCGAGAAGUUCAACCCGCUGGAGCACGAGGCGCUGUACCAGGCGCCCGUCCCUGGAAAGGAGCCAGGCACCGUCCUCGAGUGCAGCAAGGCUGGCUUCAAGAUCAAGGACCGGAUCCUCCGAGCAGCCCAGGUCGGCGUUGUCCAAGAGGCAUCAUAG